UCCAAUGGAUUAAUGAAUCACUAAUAUUUUUCUGUUUGUUUAGAUGGCGAUUUAUUAAGUCUGAGCACACGGCUGUAUAAUACAAGCUCAUCUGAGGAACCAGAUGUACCUAAGACACACAUUUGGCGUGUCAUGAAUAUAUUCACUGCUGCUCUGCAUUACACAAUCAAAAGUACUAAAUCAUUUGCUCAGAUCAGCGUGCCCUGCAUGACCUGUCCAACAGAGGAUGUACUGUGGAGGCAAGAUGUUACCCAGCAUCCUUAUGAGAAAAUUACAACCAAUCAGAUUGUUAGUUGUGUGAAAUGCUCUGAGGCUAAAAGGGAGGAGAGUUCAAUUGGUUUACAAGUACCAGGCAACAAGUGGUGCCUAGAUCAGAGACAUCUUUGUAUGCCCGAAGCCAAGAAACUUCUUGGAACAGGGAGCUCACUAAGUUAUGGAUUGUGUACAUGCUGCCCUCCUGAGGAACAUUUCUUCUGCAAGAGCUGUGGGAUAUGCUCUAAGGCAUCAGCUACUUUGUAUGGAAUCCAAUCCAACUUAUAUCCAAGUCUAAAUGGCUUGACUCCUUGGUAUAUGAAGGCCACCAGAGGUGAAGGAGAUACAAAAAAACAAGAAGGAUGCCUGUUUGAGUUUACCGGAAAGGACAGUUCAUCGACGAUUGACGCAUAUUGCAUAGGAUAUCCCAUGAUGCCUGAGUACUUCAACAUAUUUUCCAUUACUCUGUUGAGUUCAUGUGAAAAUUUCACAAUGAUGCUAAUCAGAGGUGUGAAUGCAGAUAAGACUGAUCUAGAGUCCAAUUCUGAGAUUACUUGGGAAAAGUCAAACCUAGCAAUUGGAGACACUUUGACAUUACAGAUAUCUAUGAAAGGGGACGUGAUGGACGCCACUGUCUAUCAAAAUGGUGACAUUUGUGACGCAAAGAGUUGGGUUGAUAUUCAGAGCUAUCAGCCAUUGAUUCCAGCCUUUAAGAUGACAAGCAAUGAACCUGAAACUGAUUGUUACAUACUGCAUUCUCCAAGUUACCCAAGUAACAGAAGUGGAACCUGUAAUACUGCACUUCAGUAUAGUGGCCUCUCUGUAGGGAUGUACGUACAACUGGAUGGCGAUGAUGGCCCUUAUUUUGCCAAUGUUAGUGAUGUGAAGGAGUCUGGAAUAACAUUAUACAACAAAGAUAAUAGUUUGCUUCGCGAAUACCCUCAUCAUUGCAUAGAAAUGCAUCACCCCUUGAACAGCACUGAAUUAUCAUGGGCCAACUUAAACAAAAGUUCAGACCUUUUACCAACACUCACUCUAUUUCCUGGGUCUGAGAGUGCAAAGUUAAAUUAUAUUAAUGAAGCAGAAAUAGGGAGCAGUUGUGUUUGCCCUGCUAGGACAUCAAGCCCAUUUUACCUGCAACAGGAACUUCUUCAAAGGCUGACUGAAUCUCUGUCAGAUUUACCACAUGGGACGCCCCUGGCACUGCCAUUACCUGCCAGAGUAACUCUGGAUGAAGUCUUACAUCCUCCAAGGUCAUUGGCUGCAAUAGACCCUGAAUGUGGAUCAAAACUUCAACUGGUAUGUCAGGGACGUGACAACUAUCACAUAAUGAACACUCCAGGUUGGGAAAUCUCCAACUCCACAAUGAAGAAGUUGGAGUGUCACCUAGUGCCUGUGUUAGUAAUGUUGAUGGAUGAUGGGGGACUGAACCUUUCCAAUAUAGAGAGUCUCUUCACAAGUAUAGUGACAAGUGAAGAGGAAACCAGCCACAAAGAAGAAUCACUUGGCCACAAAGAUGCUAAGGGGGUAACUGCAGAAUAUGCAAAGAAUGUCACUCUUGUUCAGGUAUUUGGAAGUGAUCUAGUUAUUAUUAAGGAUGUCACUCUUGUUCAGGCACUCUCAUUCACCAUGCAGAUGAUGCAGAUGUAUUUAUGGAGACAGCUGAUGAACAAGAGGGAAAUACUAUGUUCUGCAAAGGACACCAAACGUGAACUUCCCCAAGCCCUCUCUGCUCUCCUGUCCUAUUCAAAUGACCUCACUAUGGCAGCUAAGGAUGAAGAGAAUGAUGCUCCUGAAUACCAUGUGUAUUUAUGUGACUCCCAUGUCAAUACUCAGGGUGCAUGUAGUUCUGAUACAGGUCUUGGGAAGAAUGCUGCAGUUCUUACACACAUAACAGUUAAAGAUCCAAAACAAUUGAAUGAUGAUGAAGCUGAUGUUCCUGAUGGCUUUUUUGAGAAUGUCCGGGAUUUGAUGAAUGUGACCCUGAAUGGGAAGAACCUUCCUGAAGGCCUUGGGAAAUGUCACAACCUGACUGAACUAAAACUGUAUGAUUCUAAUCUAAAAACAUUGCCCGAAGAUCUGGCUCAGUGUCUGCAUAUUGAAUUAUUGGAUGUGUCUAAUAAUAGGUUUGGCAGUGUACUGCCAGGAGUUGUUUUUAAGAUUACGUCAUUGACGCACCUUAUUGCCAGCAAUAUGGCAAUUGAAAGUUUGCCAGAUGAAAUAGGAAAUCUUGAACAACUUGUGAUGUUGCACCUGAAUUCCAACUGCCUGAGCAGACUACCCCAUGGGGUCACAAAACUGAAGAAACUAAAGUCCCUGAAAAUUGGUGGCAUCCCCUACUUCUCUAAGAGCCAUGGAAACACCUUCUCAAGAUCAGAUGUUCUUAAGACUUUAAAACUUUACAAUGUAAAGGAUACUAAGAAUUUUGACAAAUUGAUGGAUGAACUGUUUCCAUCCAACUUUGAUGAGAAAGACAUUGUGCUGAAUGAGGCUCAAUUGGGCAAGUUUGAUGCAGCCUGGUACACUCUCUUCCCAAGAUUCUCAUUCCAGACAAAAGAACUGAAACCAUAUGGAGGAUUUCCACCUGAAGUAUUCCAACUUCAAAAUCUUAUUUCAUUAUCUAUGAAAUCACAAAGCAUUUCAUUUGUCCCGGAUGGCAUUGCUGCACUUCAUGAGCUACAGGAGAUUGAAUUGAGUGACUGCCCAUUCUUGGGUGACAUCACCAGCCCAGAAAAAGGACUAGCAAAUCUGCCUCUAUUAGAUUACAUUGGUAUUGAGGAAUGUCCAUCGCUAAGGAGCCCUCCCUUAGAGAUAGUUGCUAAGGGACAUGAGGCAAUGCUUAGUUACAUGAGGAGGCUACAGACAGGAGGCAUCACAUGUUGCAGGACCAAACUAAUGAUGGUUGGCUUGGGAGGUGCAGGAAAAACAAGCCUUGUUAGAGCUCUGAUGAGUGGUGACUUCAAGACACCAGGCACACAUGGGGAAGCUAUCACUGAUGGCAUUGACAUAGCUAACUGGUCAGUGAAGAGACAGGGAGAUGAGAACAGUGUGCAGUUCUCUGUUUGGGACUUUGCUGGACAAACUGUUUAUUACAAUACUCACCAGUACUUCCUGUCCAACAGAGCUGUGUAUAUGUUACUGUGGAACAUCAGACUCGGAUAUGAACAUGCAGGUUUAGAGUUCUGGCUCAGUUCUAUUGCAGUACAUGCCCCUAAAGCUCCAAUCUUCAUUGUUGGUACACAUUCUGAUCAGGUGGCCAAAUGGUCCCUGCCAAAGGAAGAUAUGAUGAGAAGGUACCCUCAGAUUCAGGGCUUCCAUUUCAUCAGCACACAUUUGGGCACUGGGGUAGAGAAACUCCAGGACAGGCUGAUAGAUGUCGCCCUAGGCCAGGAUUACAUGGGGGAGAAAAUACCCUCUGUCUGGAUCAACUUUGAAAAUUCUGUCAUCAAGAUGCGUAACAAGGCUAGUGUUGUUCCCUUGGAAACAAUUGAAGAACUGGCCAAUGAACAUGGUUUGUUUGAUAAGUCUGAGAUUGACCAAGUGAUCCAGUUUCUACAUGACCUUGGAACACUGCAACAUUUUGACAAUCCUUUCCUUAGAGACAGAGUUGUUAUAGAGCCCCAGUGGAUUGUGGAUGUCAUGUCAUGUGUGGUCUCUGUCAAAGAUUCUUCAAUAAAGGAUGGUAACUUCUACCACAAAGACAUCAAGGAUGUUUGGGGCAAGUACCCAGAUGAGCUUCAUGAGUGGCUGCUGAGGUUAACAGAGGAAUAUGACCUGACAUUCCCCAUUAGCAAAGACAAGAAGAACAUUGUUCCUUGUCUGUUGCCCACAAACCCACCUAAGAUUCCUUGGUCAGAGGUGGAUAGAGUUGGUGGAGAGAAGGAGUCCAAGAUGAUUUAUAAGUUUGACUACUUGCCUGCUGGGCUGUUCAACAGAGGGCAGGUGAGAUUGUAUCAGUACUCUGACAGUUCUGUUAUAUGGAAGAAGGGGUCUCUGUUAAAGAAAUCUGGACAGAAAUGUCUUAUUACACAGUCAAUGGACAACCAACUGAUUGUGAAAGUACAAGGGAGCCAGCCUGAGAAUAUAUUGUUUAUGGUACAUGAGGUAUUUGAGGGCCUUAUACAUGAAUCAUUCCAUGGAGUCACGUACGACUACCUUAUGCCUUGCCCCGACUGUCUCAAAAAUAAUUCUAAGGAUCCCUUUCUUAUGGCGAGGUCAACAGUGCGCCGUGCAUCAGAGCUUCAAGCUCCAUUUCUCCAAUGUACGACAUCAUUCCAUACAGUGUCACUCAUUGAUUUACAUGCCACAAUGCCUCCUGAUUCUGGGAACGACUAUGACAUGCAGCUUGCCAUUACAGACAAUACAUUGAAAGAUAUGAAAAAAGAUUUAGAUGCAGAUGUAUUUAUAUCCUGUUGUGGCAAAGACAUGCAAGGGAAGAUCACACCAACUAAGAUAAAGGAAGACCUGGAACGUAUCUGUGGCUACAAAUGUCGGAUCUCUCCCUGCACAGACUCUCAGGAUUUAGACACAGCAAUGGCACUGAGGGAUUCUCUCAUCUUCCUAGUGUGUAUGUCGGACAACUACAUCAAUGAUGACAACUGCAUCAAACAGUUCAAGUACGCUAUAUCAACCUUGAAAAAGAAAAAGGUUGUAGCAUUGUUGGACAGUCAGAUGACGUGGAAGACUUCCAACAUUGGUUUCCUGCUAUCAGAUGAGGUGUAUGUCAACAUGAAACCAAAUGAAUACGAGUCAAAGAGACAAGAACUUAUUGAAGCAAUUAAUGCCAGAACUGACAUUGAGAAGCAAGAUAAGUCAAAUACUCCUGUCUUCAUCAGUUAUUGCUGGUCAAACUCUGAUAGAGCUAUCAAAGAAGGAAGCAGGAAACUUGAGGGAGCCAUAGGUCAUGGUGACCCAAGGGAGUUGAAGGAAUACAUAGAGAGCAAUGGUAUCAUGUGUUGGUUGGACAAGGAGCAAGUUGGAAAGAAUGGCCUAAUGGAUGACAUUGCAGAUGGAAUAAAGAAAGCUAAAAUAUUUGUGGCUUGUAUGUCAGACCAAUAUGUGAAGUCCCAAAACUGUAUGAGGGAAUUCCAUUUUGCGGUUCAACAACUGAAGUUACCAUCCGUCAUGGCUAUAGUGGGCACUGGAGAAAAUUGGAAAUAUUCUGGGGCAGGAAUUGUAGCUAUUACUGAUAGGAUUCCCACAGUGAACUUCCAGCAGCAGGUUGAAGGAGAGAAGGAUAAAUUGUUGAAACAUAUCAAAAAGCACAUUGAAGCUGAAGACUUGCAGAAUAAGAAAGCAGAUAAAAGUAAACCAAAGACUAAAAUUGGUGCAUUCCAGGAAUUGUAUGAGCUUCAGCAACGCAAGUUCCUUCACCGUAUUGCGUCUGUUUCUGACAAAAGUAAUCUUGAACCGUAUCCAAGACUAAUAGUGGCAGAUUUGGUCAGUCAAGACACAGCUUCUAAUAAAGCUAAUCAGCCAAGUCUUGUGCGCCAGAACUCAACAGUGAGUAACCAUGGGGCUGUAGAUGGCAGCACUGGUCAACAACGACCUGCGACAGCCAAUCAGAGGAAAGAUUUUAGCAAACAAGAUUACUGUUUGAAACUUCUUUGUGAAUAUGAACAAGGUUGGCAUUUCUGUGGUGACCCAUUCCCUGCACCAGCGGGUUUUGGUGAGAAGUUGUCAAAGAGUUUGUCCCCUUAUCAAGUCCAGAUUUUCUCAAUCCUGAAGCACAGUGACAAUGCCAUUCUCAACUGUUCUUUGGGACCAGAGGGCAAGGAGUUCUCCAGAUGGUGUCAGAAGAAUGUUCAGGAGAUUAUUGAGACUGGGGACUUUAAUAAGGUUUACCAGGAACUGAGGACACUUAUGUUGGAAGCUGACCCUGGCCCAGAAAGGAACAAGGCUGGACUGAAGAGGUGCCAUUUGCCCAAUGGCAAAGUAACAUGGCUUUGUGAGGAGCACCAGGCAUCAAGCAGAGCUACUGUUCUUCACGAUACCACAGGUCAUCAGGGAACGGUGGAGAGAAAGGAGGACUACAUACUCUUAAAUCUCAGCCCUGAAUUAGCAAAACUUGCCCAGGAUCAGUCACAAAGAAUUUAUGGCUGUGAUAAUGCAUAUGUAGAGGAGAAUGAAGAACAAGAUGAAGAUGCUGAUGUAGGCAAAGGUUCAUCAUCAUCGCCUGCAGUUUCUGCAUCAUCCCCUGCAUUUCUGCAUCACAAGACUCCAACAAUGACUCGUCCAAGACAGAUUUGUCAAAGCAAGACAUACCUACUGCAAAACAACAAGCUGAACCAGUUCGUCCUAAACCAGCUGAACAAGUCCCUUCUCAACCAUCUAAACAAAUCCCUCCUCAACCAGCUAAACAAAUCCCUCCUCAACAAGUGACUAGUGCCAAACAGAGUCAGCCAAAGGACAUUGGACAAUCAGACAAGACUCUUCCUCCACAGGAUAACAAGAAACCAGCUAAGAAACCCAAUGAUACUGCUAAACCAUUGCAGAAGGGUGAUAGAGCCAACAGCAGGGCGUGUGUAAUAUCUUAAUUUGAGGAAAUAUUUCCUCUUACAUUAUGUGGCACAUUUAAACAGGGUGUAUGAAAUGGAACUUGCUGUGUUAUGAACCAGGAUUUAAGCUUUGCUUAUUGUAAUUAAACCAGG